UUACAUGUAUACGAAGAGAGUUGAAGGAAGAACCAUGGUCAUCCAUGAGCUUCUCUUGAAAGUUGUGGUGCUUGGGGCUUUAUUGGGUCCGUACCACAAUCACAAAGCAGAAGCUGAUGAUUUAAUGACCAAGCCUGGAUGCCGAAGUUCUUGCGGACACCUUGUGAUUCCGUAUCCCUUUGGAUCGAGUAACAGUAGUUCCGAUUGCCGCAUCGAUCACCCAUCUUUUACUGUCUAUUGUGAUGACUCUGCCAACCCUCCUAUACCUUAUCUGGAAAGUAGAAGUUCUAACUUGACAAUAAGCGACAUUUCUGUUAAGGACCACGAGAUGCGAUUAACCGUUUGGACCGGUCGAGAUUGCUAUAACUCUUCCUGGCGUGAUUGGUCUUUUCCAUCGAUCAUCCUAUCUGAAUUCCCUUUAUCCAGCACCAAGAACAAGUUCAUCGGCGUUGGUUGCGACACGUUAGCCACCGUCAAAGACCACCAUGGGAAGUACUCUUUCGGGUGUAUGUCUUCUUGUGGCGAUAAUUCGGAGGUCAUCAAUGGGUUGUGUACUGGUAUUGGCUGCUGUGAGACGAGCAUCCCAAGGAACUCCUUUUACUACCACAUCUCGAUUCAAAGCUUUUCCAAUCAUUCCGACGUCCUGGAUUUCAAUCCUUGCAGCUAUGCCUUCGUCGCACAAAUCGGAUCCUACAACUUCUCGGUUGGCGACCUUAAGCAGCUUAAAUUUGGAGAUCCCCCUGUAGUCCUCGAUUGGGCAAUAGGGAAUCAAACAUGUGAGGAGGCCAAGAAGAACAGCACAAGCUACAUGUGCCCCAAGAACACCAAUUGCAUUGAUGCCGAAAACGGAUCUGGGUACAAGUGCACUUGCUUAGAAGGUUACCAAGGCAAUCCUUACCUAGAGGAUAGUUGUCAUGAUAUUGAUGAAUGUGCGGAUCCAACGUCAAAUCCGUGUGAGGGAAAGUGUCAUAAUAUUGAAGGGAGUUAUACAUGUUCAUGCCCAAAGGGUUAUCAUGGUAAUGGCAAGAAGGGCAGUGGAGUUGGACAAGGAUGCAUUGUUAAUCCAUCACAAUUGAUGAAGAUUUUGGUUGGUAUUGCUAUGGGCAUAAUUGUGCUACUUUUCAGCAUAGGCUUUCUCUAUUUCGGAUACAAGAAAAGGAAGCUCAUCAAGCUCAAAGAACAAUACUUCAAGCAAAAUGGCGGCUUAGUCUUGCAGCAACAAUUACAAGAAUGUGAUAGAACCGCAAAAGCUGCUAAACUGUUUAGCGCUAAAGAGCUAGAGAAGGCCACCGACGAUUAUGAUGAGAGAAGAAUAAUUGGCCGAGGAGGGCAUGGUACUGUUUACAAAGGGUUGUUGCCAAAUAAUAUGGUAGUUGCGAUUAAGAAGUCUAAGUUCGUGGACCAGAGCCAAAUUGAAGAGUUCAUCAACGAGGUCAUUGUGCUUUCUCAAAUUAAUAAUCGUAACGUGGUCAAGCUUUUGGGAUGUUGUUUGGAAACCAAGGUGCCUUUAUUGGUGUAUGAGUUCAUCGACAAUGGAACUCUCUUCGACCACCUCCACAACCCAAACAAGUCAUUGAAGUUGUCUUGGGAGACUCGAUUGAGAAUUGCUUUAGAAACUGCUGGAGUCCUAUCAUACUUGCACUACACGGCUUCCACUCCCAUAAUCCAUCGAGAUGUCAAGUCAGCAAAUAUCCUUUUGGAUGCUAACUAUACGGCCAAAGUAUCUGACUUUGGAGCGUCAAGAUUAGUCCCACUUGAUCAAAAACAAUUGUCCACUAUGGUUCAAGGAACAAUGGGAUAUUUAGACCCUGAAUACUUCCACACAAGCCAAUUGACAGAAAAGAGUGAUGUUUAUAGCUUUGGAGUUGUGCUAGUUGAGCUAUUGACGGGGAAGAAGGCGCUUUCUUUUGACCGACCGGAAGAAGAGCGGAGCUUGGCAGCGUACUUUCUUUCAUCAUUAAAAAAUGACAAGUUGUUUCAGAUUGUUGAGGAAGUUAUUGCAAAUGAAGAAAACAAUGAGCAGGUGAGGGAAGUUGCCAAUCUUGCCAUGAGAUGCUUGAAAAUAAAAGGAGAGGAGAGGCCGACCAUGAAGGAAGUAACAAUGGAAUUGGAGGGACUUAGAGCAAUGGUUAAUCAUCCAUGGGUCAGUGGUAUCAAUGUGGAUCGAGAAGAAACAUUUCAUUUGCCGGAAGAAAAGACUGAAGUGUAAAUGGAUAGUAUUGGGACCACGAGCACUGGGUACACAGAUAGCAUGAAAAAGCAUGUCACGCCUUUGUUUAGUAGCGGGAGAUGACAAUAAUUAUGUUUUUGAUACAUGUUUGGGUAUGUUGUGAUGAAUGUUAUGGUUGCACUAGAUCUCCAUUGACUGCACUAGUCUUUCGGUUCUUUGGCAUCGAAACUAGUUCAUCAAACGGUUUCUAUGCAUGGAAGGGAACUCUUGAAAAGUCUAGCCUUAUAAUAAAGUCAGUGUAGUGAUUCAGUAA